CAAACCAUCCUGACUCUACCGACAGGAGAUAACCCCCUUAGGAUCUUAAUAUAGCAAAAUACCUGUAGUCAGUUUUAUUUUCUUCUUCACUUGUUCCCUCGUCCUUGCUUGGAAGGUUUCUUUUUGUUUUGCCCUUGACACAAGAUGGCCUUGCCGGUUUCUGCCAUUGGAUUUGAAGGCUAUGAAAAGAGACUUGAAGUAUCAUUCACUGAGCCAGGCAUCUUUGCUGACCCCGAGGGCAAGGGCCUCCGAUCUUUGUCCAAAGCCCAAUUGGACGAGAUCCUAGAACCAGCUCAGUGCACUAUUGUUGCUUCAUUAUCGAACGAUGAUGUUGAUUCUUAUGUCCUUUCUGAAUCGAGCCUUUUUGUGUACCCUUACAAAGUUAUCAUCAAAACUUGUGGGACAACAAAAUUGCUUCUCUCUAUCCCGGCCAUCCUUAGACUAGCCGAUGCCCUAUCCCUUGCUGUGAAAUCUGUGAGAUACACUCGUGGAAGUUUUAUAUUUCCUGGGGCUCAGGCAUUUCCACAUCGUAGCUUCUCAGAGGAAGUAACUGUCCUUGAUAGUCAUUUUGGCAAACUCGGUUUGGUCAGCAAGGCAUAUGUGAUGGGUAGCCCUGACAAAUCUCAAAAAUGGCAUGUUUACUCGGCUUCGGCAGAGUUGGCUGGUCGGUCAAGCCCUGUUUACACUCUAGAGAUGUGCAUGACUGGUUUGGACAGAAAGAGGGCAUCAGUUUUCUAUAAAACUCAUGCAAGUUCAGCUGCUCUCAUGACUGAAGAUUCUGGUAUUAAGAAGAUCCUUCCUCAAUCUGAGAUAUGUGACUUCGAGUUUGAUCCGUGUGGGUACUCCAUGAAUGCUAUCGAAGGUGCUGCAAUUUCUACAAUCCACGUUACCCCAGAAGAUGGUUUCAGUUAUGCAAGCUUUGAAGCAGUCGGCUAUGAUUAUGAAGUUGUGAAUUUGACCCAGCUAAUUGAGAGGGCUUUGGCUUGCUUCCAACCUAUGGAGUUCUCUGUAGCUCUGCAUGCUGACAAUGCCGAAAUAGAACUUGGAAGCAAGAUCCACCUGGACUUAAAAGGAUACCAUUGUGGAGAAAGGAGCCAUGAAGUGCUUGGGUUGGGCGGGUCUGUCAUUUACCAUAGCUUUACCAUGGCGGAAAGCACUGGAUCUCCUAGAUCGAUCCUGAAAUGCUGUUGGAGCGAGGACGAGGACAACGAAGUUGAAGAAUAUAAAUAAGUUCUAUUUUUAGUUGUUGUAGCCGAAUAAAAGUUGUGGGUUUAUGUUGCCUGACUUAAGUCUCUCGAGUUUUUUUUCUGUAUUGUUGCUGCAUACAUAUUCUGUCAUUGGAUUGGCAAUGUAUGUCGAUUUCCGGAUGCUAAAACUUUGAAUGAGCGUCUUAAUAAUAAAAGUUUGCUUGUUUUUGGUCUUA